UUUGCAAGAAAAAAAUAAAAAAUAAAAUAAAAAUAAAAACACGUGGUCCUUUAUAUACAGAGUGUUAGGGUUUCUAUCCCGUCUUCUUCAAAGUUUGCCGCGGCUCUCAACACUUGGAAUUCUUCGAUCUUCUUAUCAUCUUCUCUUGAUCUCCUUGAGUUUUUGGUGAAGAAUGGAGUCCCAGGUGAAGCAUGCUGUGGUGGUGAAAGUAAUGGGUAGGACAGGGUCAAGAGGACAGGUGACUCAGGUGAGAGUGAAGUUUCUGGACGACCAAAAUCGGUUCAUCAUGAGGAAUGUUAAGGGACCAGUUAGGGAAGGUGAUAUCCUUACCCUUCUUGAGUCUGAAAGGGAGGCUAGAAGGUUGCGUUGAGAUUAUUAUUAUCUCUCAUUUUUCGGUUUGACACCAUAAUGACUGUUUUGUGUUAGCUUUCAGUAUCAGAUUAUGUUUUCCAUUUUUAUCAUGGUGUUUUUUAUUUCAAUAUGGAAGCUUUUGUAUUGAAUGAUUUGAAAUUUCAACCUUGAAAAACGACUAUACUUGGGUUGGAUCA